AUGGCUUGGCGGGUUAUGGCGGCGGCGGCGGUGUUUGCUGUAGCAGCCGCCGUUUUAGUGUCGGCGGAGAGCGGCGGCGCUGGGGUCCAAAGAGUGCUUUCCCUGGAGAGGGUGUUCCCCGUGGAGGAGAAGGUGGAGCUUGAGGUGGUUAAAGCUCGGGACCGUGCGAGGCACGCGCGGAGGCUACAGGGCUUUUCCGGCGGCAUCGUCGAUUUUCCGGUCACUGGAAGCUCUGACCCUUACGUCGUUGGACUUUAUUUUACCAAAGUGAGAUUAGGAUCUCCACCAAGAGACUUCAACGUGCAAAUCGACACCGGGAGUGACAUAUUAUGGGUUACUUGUGGUUCUUGUGAGAAUUGCCCACAGAGCAGUGGAUUAGGAGUUCCUCUCACUUUCUUUGAUUCUGCUACAUCUUCAACAUUUUCACGUAUUUCAUGUUCGGAUAAUACAUGCGCCAAUAUAGCACAAACUGCAUGCACAGCCGAAAUCGAUAAGUGUGGCUACUCGUUUCAAUACGGAGAUGGAAGUGGGACCAGCGGUUAUUAUGUGUCGGACCUUCUUUAUUUCGACACGAUUUUCGGUACUUCAUCAGUGGAAAAUUCUUCGGCUCCUAUUGUCUUUGGGUGCAGCACAUCUCUGUAUGCGGACUUGACUAAACCGGAUAGAGCUGUAGAUGGGAUAAUUGGGUUCGGCCAGAAGGACCUUUCUGUAAUUUCCCAACUUUCGUCACGUGGGAUUACGCCCAAAGUAUUCUCCCAUUGCUUGAAAGGGGAGGGCAAUGGUGGAGGGAUAUUAGUUCUUGGUGAAAUAUUGGACCCAAGAAUCGUUUAUACUCCCUUAGUUCCAUCACAGUCACACUACAAUUUAUAUCUUGAGAGCAUCGCUGUGAACGGGCAAUUGUUACCUAUCGAUCAAGCUGUAUUCGUGACUUCAGGCAAUCAAGGAACCAUUGUUGAUUCAGGAACAACUUUGGCAUACUUAGUCGAAGGAGCUUAUGAUCCUUUUGUUGAUGCUAUAACAGCUGCUGUUUCUCCACUGGUCAAACCAGUUAUCUCUAGAGGAAACCAGUGCUAUCUUGUCCGGACAAGCGUAUCUAAUAUGUUUCCACCGGUUUCUUUUAAUUUUGCCGGGGGUUCAUCUUUAGUUCUAAACCCGACUGACUACCUCAUACACACGGGAUUUGUCGAUGGUGCUGCAAUGUGGUGCAUGGGCUUUCUUAAAGCCGAGAAUCAAGGAACGACAAUUUUCGGAGAUCUUGUUCUCAAAGACAAAAUCUUUGUCUAUGAUUUGGCUCGUCAGAGACUUGGAUGGGCGGAUUACGACUGUUCGUUGGCUGUGAAUGUCUCCAUAACGUCGAGUAGGGAUGAUAUUGUGAAUGCAGGCCGGUUGAGUUCGAGCAGUGGCUCGUCUUUUUAUUCUUUCUUUAGAAUGAUGCAUGAAAGGGAUAUUGCUCUCUUGUUACAUAUAUCCUUGUUAAUUGGUUGUUUCUUUUUGUAA